GGCAGUAGCGUUUCUGAAAGAAAACUGAAUACCAGCACCGUGCGCGUGUUGUGAACUGAUCAAGAUGAAGAUCGAAGAAGUAAAAUCUACCUCGAAAGCACAGCGAAUCGCUUCCCACAGUCACAUAAAAGGUCUUGGGCUUGACGAAAAUGGAUAUGCUGUCCAGACGUCUGCUGGCCUUGUUGGACAAGAGCUUGCUCGCGAGGCUGCAGGAGUUGUGGUUGAGCUUAUCAGAUCUAAGAAAAUGGCAGGGAGAGCUGUGUUAUUGGCUGGCCCUCCAGGCACUGGCAAGACUGCUAUUGCCUUGGCUAUAGCUCAGGAGUUGGGCUCUAAGGUUCCCUUUUGCCCUAUGGUGGGCAGUGAGGUCUACUCCUCCGAGAUCAAGAAGACUGAGGUUCUUAUGGAAAAUUUCCGAAGAGCCAUCGGACUCCGUAUCAAAGAGACAAAAGAAGUUUACGAGGGUGAAGUGACCGAACUCACACCAGCAGAGACAGAGAACCCAAUGGGAGGUUACGGCAAAACAGUGAGCCAUGUGGUCAUUGGACUGAAGACUGCCAAAGGAACCAAACAGCUGAAACUUGACCCAUCCAUCUACGAAAGUUUACAAAAAGAAAAAGUUGAGGUGGGCGAUGUCAUCUACAUUGAGGCUAACAGUGGAGCUGUGAAGAGGCAAGGAAGGUCAGACAACUAUGCCACAGAGUAUGAUCUAGAAGCAGAGGAGUAUGUUCCCUUGCCAAAAGGUGAUGUACAUAAGAAGAAGGAAGUCAUCCAGGAUGUGACUUUGCAUGACCUUGAUGUUGCCAACGCCAGGCCUCAGGGUGGACAAGAUAUUAUGUCUAUGAUGGGACAGCUGAUGAAGCCCAAGAAAACAGAAAUUACAGACAAACUGCGCAAAGAGAUCAACAAAGUGGUGAACAAAUACAUUGAUCAGGGUAUCGCUGAGCUGGUCCCUGGCGUUCUCUUUGUUGAUGAAGUGCACAUGCUGGACAUUGAGUGUUUCACCUACCUGCAUCGUGCCCUCGAGUCCACCAUCGCACCCAUCGUCAUCUUUGCCACCAACAGAGGGAAAUGUGUGAUCAAGGGCACAGAAGAUAUUGUAGCCCCUCACGGGAUGCCUCUGGAUUUGUUGGACAGGAUUAUGAUCAUCAGGACGUUGCCGUACUCACAAGAAGAAAUGAUGCAGAUUUUGAAGAUUCGCUCACAGACAGAAGGAAUUCAGAUUGAAGAUGAGUCCCUGAAGAAGCUGGCUGCCCUCGGAGUGAAGUCCACACUCAGGUAUGCUGUCCAAAUGCUCACACCAGCCAACAUUAUGUCUCGCAUCAACGGGAAGGAUUCGGUCACUUCGGAGGAAAUUGAUGAAGUGUCAGAGUUGUUCCAUGAUGCAAAGUCAUCGGCCAAAAUUUUAGCAGAACAGGAAGAUAAAUACAUGAAGUAAUCGGUUCUUGUUUGCAAUAAAGAAGAAAAUACUGCCAUGGUGAUAACUGGGAUUCAAAGAUGGUGUGAGGGGAGAGAAAGCUGUUUGAGUGCUGAUUUUUUUCGAAUGUCAAAAAUUUAUUUUGAAUUUUUGCUGUUCUCUCAGCACUUAUAGCCUUGAGCAGUUGUGACUAAUUGGUAUGUACAUAUUUCUGCUGCUGUAUGGAAGACUGAGUCUCUAGAGAUGUUGUACUCUAACUGGCUUUUACUUUGUAAAAAUUUUAUCUCUGAAGUGUUACAACAUUGUGUACAUGAAAAUGUGUUGAAAAAACUGUUAUCCACCUUACACAUUUCCUUCUGAUCAAUUCAUAUUCCAUUGUGUGGUUGAAAUAAAUGUGCUUUUUAUUCAUUC